ACUUUAACAUGCCUUCCUCGACAGCGAAUGGAAGCAAAGAGCACCACAACAAAUUCGAUGCUCUUUCGCGUCAGUUAUCAAGAGCUUCUACGCUGGUAGAACAUCGUCAGGACGCCACAGUCCCGCACGUCCAUUUCGAAGGCAGGGAACUCUACGAUCCUCAUGCAGUCUGGACAUCUGAGGAGGAGUCAAAGAUCAAGAGAAAGACUGACAUACGUCUUCUAGCCUGGCUCUCGCUCAUGUACUUUGGUAGGGUAUUGUACCAGAAGCCCUGGACCAUGACUGACCUCUUCAAGNCCGCACAACUUGAUACCACGAAUAUGUCAAACGCUCUCGCCGAUAACUUUCUACACGACCUUGGAUUCACCAUGACGGAAUAUGGUAACGGUACAAUGAUCCACCGAAUCUGCUGGUUGAUUGCGGGACUGCCAUCACAAACGAUUGCUAUGCGCUAUGGAUACCGAUUCAUGUAUCCCGGCUUGAUGUGUGCUUGCGAAGCUGGAUUCUACCUGUGUAGAGCCUUGACAGGAUUGCUUGGAGGGGCUUUUGGGCCGUUGACUGUGAUGUGCUUAUCCAAUUUCUAUACCAACAAAGAGUUGGGCUUUCGAAUUGCAAUCUUGGCUUCUGGGAUCAAUCCUUGUCCUCCUUACUGGCUGCGGGCUUACUUAAUAUGCGAGGAGUGGCUGGCAAGCCAGGGUCUGUUCUACCUACCCUCGGGACCGACGAGGACUCAAACCGUUCUCUGGAGGAAGCCCUGGUUCUCGGAGAGAGAGCAAAGUAAGCUUUAUGUCAUGUCUGAGGUUCAAGGUGUGCUAAUGUUGAAAGUGAUUAUGAUCAAUAGGCUGCUCAGAGACGACGUUUCGAAGGGUAGAAUCGGUACCAAGGCGCACAUCAGUAUGCGUGACAUCUGGAAUACCCUAAGAGAUCCGGGUGAGUUUACAUAUCGGUAUCUCAAACUUCUCUACUUACCACUGCUACAGNGACUGAUCGGUUUCUGGUUCUGUGCAUCGAUAAUAUUCAUCCCCAAGAGCCCUGUUGCCCAAUAUCUUGUACUAAACCUGAGGCAACUCGGCUUUUCGAGAUUCGAGAGCAGCGUUUUGACAAUACCUUCCGACCUGCUUCGCGUUGUUACUGUGCUCACCCUUACAAGAAGCAGUGGCCACUUUAACGAAAAAGCAUUUCACAGUAUGAUACCAACGUGUAUAGAGAUACCCUUGUUCAUGACAUUGUUGCUCUUACCUUCGCAUGGCUAUGCUUGGGCCAGAUUUGCGAUCUCCACGCUCAUCGUCGGAGCGCCCAGCGCGCACCCCAUCAUCAUUUCUUGGAUCAGUUGCAAUAGCUUCGAUCCUAAGAAGCGUGGCAUAGCUGUUGCUUUGUUUGGAACCAUUCAAGAACUUGGCAGUGCCGCGGCCGCACNNGACAAGCCGUACUAUUAUACCGGCAAUAAAGUUCUUAUUUCAAUAUGCGCGGUAGCUAUAGUGGUUAUUUUGACACACAGAGAAGUGUUCAGAUAUCUCAAUCGCAAGAAACGAAAGGCCUGGGAGGGCAUGAGUGAGGUUGAGCAAAGAGACUAUGACCGAACGCAGGGACAUCGUAUCGGAAACAAGAGUAUUACCUUUGCUUUUGGCUAC